AUGGCUGUGUGGGCCGGCAGCGCUCUGCAGUGCUAUGAAUGUGUUGGCACAUGCAAAAAUAUGAACAAGACAACGUGUCCAGAGGGAACAAAACGAUGUUAUUCAGUCUAUAUUAACCAAGAUAUUUACGAUUACAUGGUUAAAGAAUGUGAUACUCAUGACUCUUGUGAUGGGGAUUAUUCCAGCCCUGACCAAGAGCCUGUCAAGCCAUACUGUUGUGAAACAGAUCUCUGCAACUCUGCCUUCAACAACGUGAUGUCCCUGGGCACCGCUGUCCUCCUGCCUCUGGUGUCUCUCUACCUCUCUCAGUUCUGA